AUGGCAGCUUACACCGCAAGUUAUCCACGUCGCUCUGCGGUCCUCAGCUCCUACAGCGGCACAUUUCGCUGCGGCUGGCGCAGCCUUGGCGGUGCUUCUUCCCUUGUAGUUCAUGCUUCCCACAACCACAAGCCCGACCCGUCCCGCAGCCACCAUCAGCACGCCCGCAAUCAACAACACCACGCCCAUCAAACCCACCACAGUCAGACCUUCCAUGCUUCAGGGCACACUGUCAAGAUCUCCCGCCCACGCCGCACCUCUCUGCGACAGCCCCACAACGGCAAUGGCGUCGCCGUCGCCGUGCCCAACACGCCUCCUCCUCCCCACCUCUCCCCUUCAUCUCCCUCUUCCUCCUCCUCCGAUCCUUCAAAUUCCCUAUCUUCCGUUUCCACCACCACUACGCGUUUCUGGGGCUGGUGGGACGCGCUACCUUCUCGAUACCGCAUCAUCCUCGGCACCGCGGUCUCUUUCGUUAUCUGCAACCUUGACAAAGUCAACCUCUCCGUCUGCAUCAUCCCUAUGGCCCGAGAUUACGGCUGGAGUCCGACGACAGUAGGCCUCGUGCAGAGUGCUUUCUUCUGGGGCUACAUGAUGUGCCAGCUGCCGGGCGGCUACUUCAAUUCAAAGCUCGGAGGCAGACGGAUCUUGCCCGCGGGCGUGUUGCUCUACAGCGCAGCUACGGGGAUUGUGCCCGCGGUGGCGGCGACCGUGCCCGGCUUAUGUCUGUCCCGCGCCGUGGUGGGUUUCGGCCAGGCCACCGCGCCCUCAGCCGCCACCGACAUUGUGGCCCGUGCCGUGCCCCCCGGCGAGCGAGCCCGCGCCGUGACCUUUAUCUUUUCCGGUUUCCACGUGGGCUCUAUCUUGGGUCUGCUGGCGGCGCCCUGGCUCAUCGCGCACUCGGGCUGGCGCUCCGUGUUCAUCACGUUUGGCGCGCUGGGGCUGGUGUGGUGGCUAUGGUUUGAACAGGGCAUAAUGUCGCGGAUCGCCGCCACCGAGCCGGACUUUGCCAACCGCCUCAUCACCGACUCUCGGACACUGUCGGCGGCAGCGCCAUCAGGUGCCGCAGCAGCGGUGGCAGCGACAGUGGAGCCGCCGCCCCUGCCUUGGCGUGCGUUCCUGCGCUCGACACCCAUGCGUGCGCUGGCCUACACCCACUUCGCCAACAACUGGUUCCAUUACACAAUGUUGGCCUGGCUGCCGACCUACUUUGUAGACACGCUGUCAGUGGAUUUGCUGCACGCGUCGCAGACAGCGCUGCUGCCGCCGCUGGCGGGCAUUGCCGCGGGCGCGGCCGCGGGCGCGGCUGCAGACGCGCUCAUCAGCCGUGGCAUGGCCGUCCCGACAGUGCGCAAGCUGAUGCAGAACAUUGCCUUUCUGCUUCCCACCGUCUUGCUGGUGGCGGCCUGCACUCCCGAGAUAGCGGACAACAGCGGGGCCACGGUGGCCGCCAUCACGGUGGCGCUGGGCGUAUCGAGCUGCAGCCUGGCGGGUCUGUUUUGCACGCACCAAGACAUGAGCCCCAAGUACGCGCCCAUACUGCUGGGCCUCACCAACACCACGGCCGCCAUUCCAGGAGUGCUAGGCGUCGCAUCGGUUGGCUACCUGUUUGAACACACCGAGAGCUGGGAGGUGGCGCUGUUUCUGCCCAGCGCCUUCUUCAUGGUCACCGCCGCUGCCGCGUACACGAUAUGGGGUCGCAACGAACCCAUUGACUUCGACGCAGCGGACAACAGCCCCUUUAGGUUUGAGUCUCGGCUGCAGUCGUUGAGCCGCAGCGUAAUGCAGGUCCUGCAUCGUGAUCGGAAUCGGGGGUUGGGAUUGGGAUCUGGAUCAAGCGAGGACGCACUCCUCCCUGUCGCGACGGCCUGGCGGCGCUUGCGUGGUCUCUUCUCAGGGCUGAUCUCUACGGGCGAUAGCAUCUCUGGGAGAGAACGCCGCAGCGACAGCGAUGGCAGAGGCUCCAAGGAGGACGUGGAGAUGGUGGAAAGUCAGAGUAAGCAACACCGAGAGUGA